AAUUUUAUGGGUUUCCUAGCAUAACUUAGCAAAAUAUGACUAAAGGAGUAUUAAAGUGGCACAAUAAAAUUUUAUCAAAAGGAUACUAAAAGCCAUGCCCCCUAAAGAUUUAUUGUCAGGGUGGUGCAAUCUGCGAACCAAAAAAAAAGAGUAGCAAUUGCUACCAAAUUCGAUUUCUACUGAUUUCGUUAUUUUCUGUAAAACGCUGUUUCGAGGGAAAAAUUAUGAAUCAGAAUGGUUUAACUGGAGGGCGUGGCCGACGACGUCAUUGAGAUCCGGAUGACCGAAAGAUGAGGGAAGUCAAAAUGGCGGAACUCAAAAUCGAAGCUCCUUUAGCAAAGACGGAAGAAUGGACGGAUUAUUGUGAAUAUGAAAAUACCGACGAUUAUGAAAACUUCAACAAAGAUACAUACAAAAGCCCUAAUGCAAACGAUGGAUUCGUGGAUAAUUUCAGUGAUACGUUCUCCACGUCACUCGAGGAUCUGGUAAAUACUUUCGAUGAUAAAAUUACUAAAUGCUUCUGUAAUUACGAUGAAAAAGUCGAGAAAUUUGCACCCGUUCAAGUCCGAAGUCAAGAAGAGAUCAUGAAUGAAUGCCAAAUGUGGUGGACUCUAACUGGAAAUUUUGGAAAUAUUCUUCCAAUUGAUUGGUCAAAAUCAUGUGCCAGAUUACAUAUGCCUUCAUUGAAUUUAAAUCAAAAAAGGGAUUGUGAUGGUGGUAGAUUUGAUGAUGAGCUGGAUAAAGAAGACGUGCAUUCUCUAAUUAUUUCAGGACUUCAACAAGAACCUGUUCUAACUGCUGAACAAGUAUUAGAAGAGAUUGAUGAAAUGAUGCAGCAAGAAUCACCUUCAGGAGGUUUGACUUGUCUUUCUCCUGAGAAAUCUCCAGAAGAAAAUAAAAUUAGAAGUACCAUUAUAACUGGAUUAUGCAAAGAAAAAUUGAAUGCACUCAAUCUGCAAGAAUUAAAUGAAAUUUUGACUGAUUUGGAGCAGAUGAUUCAAGAACAUUCUGAAAUAUUAAUACAACAACUUGCUUUACGUGAUGAAUUAGAAUUUGAAAAAGAACUUAAAAACACUUUCAUAUCUCUUCUACUUAGUAUUCAAAAUAGGCGACGCCAGUAUAAUAUUGAUAAAAAACGAGGACGUCAAGUUUGUAGUGGUGAACCAAAGUAUUUAAAUACAGUCAUUCCAUAUGAUGCUGAACAAGGAUUGCCUGAUAAUGGAACUCUUCAGAUUCUUAUUAAAAUUUUGCAAGCUAUCAGUGAUGAUAGUCCUACUGUUCCCACAUUGCUAACAGAUUAUAUUUUGAAAGUGUUGUGUCCUACCUAAGAAGUCAUCUGCAUCAAAUUAAGAACUAUCAGAUAAAACUUUGAUUCAUUGCAAUAGCACAGUUUAGUUAAGCAUAAAACUUGAUAUUAUUUAUUAAAUCUAUAUUUAAUAUAGUAACAUAAGUUAUUUUAUGAAAAAUAUUGGCAAAUGCCAAGAUAUCAAUAAAUCAAUGCAUCAAAUAUUUGAUUACUACAGUAUUAUUUACUAAAAAAAAAAUUGCCAAAAUGAAUGUGUUACUUGGCAUCAUUUGUGAAUAUUUUAAGCACUUGCUAGUGCAAUUGUAAUGAUUUAGGUUACAAACUACCAAUUUAUACUUUAAAAAAAAUAUCAAUACAAAACACUUAGAGAAUUUUGGUAAAGUCAUCACAAUGAAAUUUAUACACAUCAAUCUGAUAAAUAGUUCCAGGCUUUCAAUUGUUUGCUUGGUGUAGUCAAUUCUGUGGCAUUGCUGUGAUUUAUUGUUAAUGUAAGUUAUAGAGAGUGAAAACACUGUGAAGUGUUAUUUAUAGCUGCUAUUGUAGAAUGUAAAUUAAUAGGGCAGAAACACACAUAUAUAUAUAUAUAAAUAAAUAUAUAUAUAUAUAUAUUAUAAUGUGGCUCUUCUGUAAAUAUUAAGUUAAUUUUAAGAAUUUGCACAGUAUAUGUGUAUAUGUAAAUGCAAAGUUAAAUAUUGUUAUCAGCUAAAGUAUCCAGUUUUAUGGAAUAAGCUCUAUUUUUCCCCCCAGUCUUAUGACUCAUUUAUUGUGCUGAUUCCUUUUCAUUUUUUAUUUCUACUUAUUUUUUAAAUGGAAAUCUUUUUAUCACUCUGGAGAAGAAUUUAAAAGUUCAACGGGUAAUUAAUAUUUAAAAAUUUUAGCUACAUGUCUCUACCGUUCCUAUCUUGUAUUUUGGUAGUCAUAUAAAAUAUUUAUUAUGUGAGGACACCACUUUGUCUUUCUGAAAAGAAUAUGAAUGUUUUUUCUUAAAACUAUUGAAAAUAUCUAAUACUCAAUUUACAUUUGUUAUUAUACGACUGUUAUUUAAAGAGGGAAACAAAUAUAUAACCAAAGAUAUGGAAUUGUGCAAUUAAAAGUAUUUUAUUGUACAUUUGAAACAUGUACUCAUUUUUAACUUUUAUUUAUUAAAUGCUGUGAUUUUUUUUAUUUUUUAUUAUAGAUGUGUAUAAUUUUAAUAUUUUGUUCGGUCUUUUUGUUAAUGUAUAAUAUACAAAUAUAUAUUUGUAAUAAUUUAUUUAUUUAAAAGUUGUAGCUAUAAAUGGCUGUGGUGAUGAUUAUAUUCUUGUGACAAGUUUUUCAAACUUUUUUUGAGAAAUAAAAAAUAACUUCUAUGAUGUAUUCGAGUUAAAUCUUUUAUUUUAAAAAAUGAAUCAAGUAAAUUUCUAUUUAAUGUUUUUUCUUAAAUUACUGAUAUAUAAUCAGUAAUAUACUAUAGUUAAUUUCUUUAAAAAAUUUUUAAAUCUUAAUAAAAUAUAUUCACUUUCAAUAAAUUAGUAAAAUUAUAGAAACAUACAAGCAAAAUGUUUUAUUAUUAUGGUAGUUAAUUGUCAAUCUACAGAUUUGUUUCAAAAUAAUCAAAAAAAAAUCAAUAGAUUAAGAUAGAUAUUGCCAAAUGUUGAAUGCAUGAGAAGUAAUGAAAAAAAUUUAUAAAUUAAUGAUAAUUAUAGUAUGAAUUCUAUAUAUAGGAUGUUUCAGAAUGCUUGGCCAAAUGUUGCAGGCUUAUAGAGGGAGAAAAAACUGAAUAAAAAAGUUUAGGGGUCACUUUUUGAUCUGACUGAUUGUGGAAUUCUGGGAUCACCAAAUUACGGCCCACAGGCUGGAUCUAGUAUGCAAGGUCAGUUCAUCUGGCCCACUGUCACACUAUACCACAAAUAAGCUAAAAGGUAAUUAUUUAUAUAGAAAUAUCAUGGAUUGUAGAUAAACUUAUUUUAAUAUUUCCUACAUAAUAAGUGUAAGUAAAAUUGCCAAAAUUGGUCCAAUAUGAUUUUUGCAUCUGACAGUAAUAUAAUUUUCAGGAAAAUCAGUGAAAUAAACAAUUCGGGACUUUUUAUGACUCUGGAUAUCAGAAUACUUUUUGUGUAAGUACUGUACCAGCAAUGAAGUUUCUAAGGAAAGUGAUUACGAGCUUGCUGCAGUGAUCGUGUUUUUAUUGGUAAAUAAAUAUGUUGGUUGUCUAUUUUUUAUGUAUUUGAUGUAUUGAACAAAAUGGUUAUGCAGCCCGCACUCGUCAUUCUCUGUUAUGUGGCCCAUUGUAAAAAAAGUUUGGUUGAGCCCAAAUGUAAUGUAUCAGUAAAUAAAUUUGCUUAUUAAUUAAUCACAAUUUCUUUAUUAAACAGAUAAUUUUUUAUAUUUUUGAUAUGAAAAAGAUUUUUCAAAAAAAUUUAUUAAAUCAAGUUUGUGAACAUCAUAACAAGUGCUCAAAAUGUCCUGAGCAUUAUUGAAAUAUUUUAAAUUUUGU